CUCGGAUUCAGUUCUUUCGGAACCGUCGGUGAGAUUGGAUUGUCGGUAUUGCCCGAGGUGCAAAGUGUGUAAUAUUCAUAUUAUUUAUCGUCCCAGAGAGAAGUGAGCUCGUUAAUGCAGAGUUUUGCCCUUUUUGUUUGCCUGGUCGAGCAGAAAUACUCAUCAACUAAACCACCCACCGCGUGAUAGUACACAAUGGAAACUCAUGCUUGGCGCCAUUGAGCAUCGGACAUCUCUUGUUGGGGUUGGAAAACACCAAAGCGCCAGUUAGUGCCAGGACAGCGGCAGUGUCCUUGUGAGACGCGCUUUGAAUUGUUCACAUUUGUUCGGCUGAAUAGUGCCAAGGAAGAGAAGAGUGCGCGUCCUAGGCCCAGUUUGGGCAUAUUUUGGUGGGUAAUAAAAUUCCGUUUGUGUGUCAGUCGGAUGUUGACCAAGAUCAGGUCGGUGCCGAAACGGUUUGUCUUGAGUUGAUGGAAGUUGAUUUAGUGGAAAAACGGACUGGAAACUUAAUAGAAUAAUUGAAUCACUUUGACAAUCUCACUGAUUGAAAUUUAAGAAGUUCCAUUCGUUCUACUUAAUGACUGUUUGUUGUAUCAACAUUAGAAAUUAAUGGCCUAUUAUGAGAAUCAAACAAGAAGGUUAUUCAAAUUGACUGCUGUAAACGUUUCAAGUUUCUAGUUAUAGGUUAUGACAUGUGCUCUGGAAAAUAAAUGAAAACUAAAUGUUUGAACAGUGUUUUCAAAUCCAAUCUUCGACACCUACGAGUGAGAUGUUUGUGCACUUAUCGAAGUCAAAGUAAAAAAACAAUUUUCCGCCACACAGUCUUUGGUGCUACUGUUUACAAGCGUUUUCUGUUUGCGAUUCAUGAGUUGAUUCGAACGUAUUAAUGCCGUGAUUCGUAUUCCUGUGGUUUGUCUUUUGAGUUUGGAUACGCGUGUCUUACUCGAGAAAUAGGAAAGUUGCCAAAAGCAAAACCACAUAAGACCGAACCAGCGAGCGAUGCUAUAGAAUAUCGAUGACGAAGAACACGGAUGCAGAUGCCGAUGCCGCAUGUACGAGGCCCGAAAAUGUGCUGUAGUGAUGUGCCUGUCGAACCGUCGACGCCUGAAGUUUCAAUUUAAAAUCUUGGGCUCCGAAGUCAUUUGCACGCGAUGGAUCAAAGUGUUUUCAUGCUAGUGAGGUUGGAUAAAUUGGUUAACCCAGUUUGGGUUUCGCUUGGCAUGGAGUUGAUGUGGCCUGGGGCUCGGAAACGAGGCAUAUGAAAAUUGUGCGGUUUUCUUUGCUGAAACGGAUGAAUUGAAAAUGCUUGAAUUCGUGUAUUGGUGGUGAUUGUGUGAUUUAUGGUACAAUUUCAUUGCAUUGACAGUGACGAGCUUUAAAACGUGACGUGUGCCGUCUCUUGAUAGUGUGUUGAACAUUGGAGCUGAUGAGAGAUGAAAAUAACCGGAAACCUAAAAGUGAAAUUUGAAAGGCAGCAAUCAGCGGUCACUUUUGCGCGAAGAAAGGAAACAACAAACGAAACACGCGUUCGCGUGUGUAUCGCCACAGCGUCACACAGCAAAGUGCAGACCCGACGAGGCCCAAGCGAGAAAUUUAUUCUUACCAGUAUCCUCCUGGUCCGGCGAGGAUGAAGCUGCGGCGAAUGAGCGAAGAAAUUCAUAAAUACGUGACUUUACGAGCAGCAGCCAGCACGAGGUGGAGUGAUCUCGUUGAAUGUCAGCGACGUCGACGUCGUUCGCGGUGUUCAGAACAUGCAAGGCGGAUGCCCAAAACGCCCCCCAGUUGAGAAGAGGACAAUCCUUGUCACCGAAAGCGGGCGCGGAAAAUAUUCAAAUUAAAUGGGUGACGUCCAAUGAAUCGUUCGUCGUACGGGACAUUCCAUAUACAUCGGAAUGCUACCAUUCCGAGGGUGACAGUGUUGUGUCAGUAGGUGAGAAUUGUGGUUUUAGAAACGCGAAACAAUCGUUCUGUACGACCCCAGCUGUGAUAUAACUUAGUGACGCACAAUGGUGGUGUUUAGUUAAUGCCAACUCCCAUCGUGGUAGGAACAACAUCCUAUUGCAAAUAAAUUUUCAAAGGACAACCGAUCCCAGUGCACAAUAUCUAAAGUUGACAUUUGUUACCAAAUCUAGAGAAGCCAAACAACUAGAUUGUAGCGAUAGCAGUCGAAAGCGUUGACAAACAUGUUUGGUCAGCCCUACACAAGCAAUCUAAGCGGAAAUCAGUGUAUGUUCCGAAGCUAUCCGUACCUACCCCAGAGUUCCUAUCCACACACCCAACAACCAAACCAACAGCAAUCAUCCACCCUUCCAUGACAGUACAAUCAAAACCGACAGACCCCGAAAAACAAUUGCUACUAUUGCAAUAAUAACAUCAAUCUUACCUGCACCUGUUUGUCGUCGAGUGCCUUGAGAUAUUUUUACUCGGCCUCACAAACCCUUAACUCGGCACCAUCGACACUGCCCCGACGGUCCCGUCCCUCCAACCAUCACAAUCUACCGACGUAUCAUCCUCAGGCCCUUAUCCAGCCGCCAUUUCCGUUCCAACAGCAACGUCAAACGGCCACCAAGUCGACGUCCACCUCGCCACCAGCUCGCUUCCAGCGCGACCAGCAAACCCAAGUCGACGAAGAGAUGCUCGGCAUUCGCAGUACAUCCAACGAACCCGAUUCGCCGGCCCUGUCCGCCUCACCACCACCCGCACCCGCCCCGAGGCCACCACCGAUCCGAAAUGGUUGCCAACGGUGUCGAUUUUCAGCUUCGGUGGCCUCCGCGAACUCGACAUUGAACCGAUCCCACCAGCAUCUCUCAGGAAGUGCCAACAACACACUAACGCGCAACAGCACCCACAACAGUAGCCUGCGAGAUGGUGGCACCACUGGUGCUAGUAAUCAUAUUGCUACCAGUACCGGACAUCUGCACACUGCAGGGACGACGACAAGCCUUCAGGCGCACAAUGGAACGUAUCCGGGUGGAUACGACCGAGGACGUUUGUUGGAGGAAGAGGAUUCCGCCUAUCCGGCUCUGUUGGAACGAGAAUUACACUCACUGCAUCGGAAUGUCCCAGCGUUGCGACGCGCCGGUGUUGACACCAAUGCAAUUAGACAGCACUUCUAUCCGGACGGUGGCUGGGGCUGGAUUGUUUGUGGUGUUGCAUUUCUUGCGCAUGUUCUAACCACAGGAUUCCAGUUAGCCUACGGUUUGCUGCUGCUGUACGCAAUACGCCACCUAGGCAGCGAGGUGAAUACCGAAGCAGGAGUGAUAGUUGGCGUCGGUGCAUCCAUGGUUCGUGAGUCGGCUGCCGUAAUGCUGGGACAUUAUUUCAAACGGCGGAGACAAUUUGUCGAAAUGAUUACGAUGUCGGGCGAAGGUGUCGGUGUGGCACUGUUCUCUGUGAUACUGAAGGAGGGAGUGGGCAAAAUGGGCUGGCGCCUGGGCCUGCAAGCCGUCACCGGGCUGGUUUCGCUCAGUUUCUUCAUGGGACUACUGUACCGGCCAGCCUCUCUGUACCAUCCCCAGCGGAGAGCGAUACUGCAUCUGAAAAACCAAAGGAAGAAGGUGAAAGAAAAGAAAACCCACGUUCGCACGCCGAAGCCACCCUUUUUGGACUUCACUCCACUGAAACUACCUUCGGUACGGAUGCUCUCGAUUUCGGCAGCAGUGGCAGCAUUUGGUAUCUACUCUCCAAUCUUCUUUCUGUCUUUACACGGAUUUACGGAAGGAUACGAUAUGCAGGAUCUGGUGCUACUACAAACCUUCCUAGGUCUGUCGAUUGCACUGGGGAUUGUAUUUAGCGGGUCAUCAGUCAACAAAACACUGCAAAUUUCCUUCAAAAAAGUUCGAAUAUCUCGUCAAUAUGUUUGUCAGGGCUGUGUUACAUUGAUGUCUCUAUCACUGUUAGUACUGUCGGCAGUAACUGACUAUCGGGGCUUAUGUUUUUCCACGUGGGCAUACGGUUUGGGGCUUGGCGGCUACCGGUACACGCUGAAAAUGCUUGCCAUAGAACGAGUUCGAGGAAAAUAUUUCUCCAAAGCCUGGGGCUUCAUCAAAAGCGCCGAAUCAAUACCAGUCCUGUUUGGAGUGCCACUGUGCGCCUUCCUGAAUGAUUCUUCACACCGGUAUGGAAGAGCCGGCUACUACGUUUGUGCGGCUAGUGCGGCCAUUUCCGCCAUCAUCCUUUUCUUCGUGGGUCACCCCGAAGGGAAAAACAUGAAAUAUUCUGCCAACGGAUCCAUAACGUCGCGUUGCACAGCACCCACUUCGUCCAGCGAUUGUCAACACAUGCUAAACCGUAGCUUCUCGUCACAGCGUUUCAACAAUCAGUGGUAUCCAAACACUCUGAGCACCAAUCUAUCCAGUGGCUGCAAUCCGAAUGUGAGCAAAUACGGCCGACAGCAACAUCAGCAGCGAUGUCUUUCGAACCAAUUCAUGAAUGGAAGUCUGCCGCUUGGUUCCGCAAGUCUCGAAGGAGGACCGCCCAAUGUGACCAGUUAUAGCUACCACAGUCCGUACUGUCAAAGUGUCGGUCAGCCCCAUCACGGUCGGCUUCACAAGAGUCUUUCAUUUGCGUUCCAAACUCCAGUCAUGACAAACGAUGAACGAUUCCAGCCCACCAACCGUCAGUCAGCCGGUGGGUGCCAUGCCAGUCAACAUGCUGCCGAUUAUCCCCCCAGCCGGUGCUACUCGAGAUGCGAAAUUCACAACCCGAAUCCCACUCAUCACAGUACAUUUCAACGUGCUCCGUCGGUGAGUGGAAUUUUCGCCAUGCCAACGGUAAGUCAUUUCUGCACCAACGGACUGCAAAACAACCCGUCGCGUAGCCGGAGUGUUCCGGAAGGUCUAGCCAACAACCACGGGGCAGUCGCAAACGACUGCCACUUGAAUCACUGCCACUGGACCAACGCAAACGGAACUAACUUCUGCCGACCGACGCGCCCCAUUCAGGUGGUGGAACAAAUAACCACUUCCGUUUGACUAAAGUUUAAAAUUGUGCGAUUUUUCCUAUGUAUAUCGGUACACCUACUGGAGGGGUUGUUUUCAUAGAUGUAGCCCGUACUUAUUAGUGAUUUGUUUUCCACUGCUUCAAGAUAACUUUUUUCAUCUUGUCGAACAGCGGAACUCAUCUCCUGUCGGUGUGUUAAAUAAAUCAUUAAAUUAUAGGUAGAAAUUUGAAAAUCAAACAAUGCGUAAAAUAUUCAUAAUCGUAAACAGUAUAGCAACAAAACGAACGAAAUUUCAAUUUUAAUCAUAUACAGUGCAUAAUGAAUGUGUUCAAUACACCAAAUAAUCAACCGUCGAGGCGAAAGCUCGCAAGAUGGACAGUUUUAAGCGAUUUUCAAUGAGCUCACCAUAAUAAAUGAGAAAAUUAUCGAUUUUACAUCACGCGUGGGAGAUUUUUUGGGCAACCUUCGAGUUUGAAGCCAAGAAACAAGCAGUAGCGAAUUAAAAGCAACCAGAGAAGUGAUGCAUUAUAAUUCGAAUAAAAUUUAAACAAUUAUUUUACAAAGAAUGGGCUAGUUUUAAUUUGAUGUCGAACGAAUAACGAACUCAUUUAUCACUGUCGGAAAUUUCGAGAUAGCUAGCUGGACUUCUCCGCUCAUCUUAUUGGUAGCGAUGCUGUAAUUGAUUAGAUUGAUUAAUUAGACGUAAUAGGUACUAAUGGCAGAAGAAUGAUGCGAUUGUUUUAAGUUGUUUCGUUGAACCUGUUAACAGAACGAAAUUCGGUGUGAUAAGUAAGAAAGUAAGCCAAAAAAUAUUAAUGGCUACUACUCGUGAUGAUAUCUUGUUAUGUUAACUCUAUUUUUGUCGUAAGAAGGAAGACAUUGGUCAUAUUUUGAAUUAUGCGUGAAGAAAAGUAGAAGAGAGUAUUUUGUUUAGUAAAAUUAUUUAGAAACUA